AUGUCUCGGAAGCGGAGACUGAGCUGCGAAGGUGCACAGGGCAAGCGUCGGAAUGCAAGCAUUCUGAAAAGCACGAAUCAUGUUCAAUUUGCCUACGAAUCCAACCUGAGAGAGUCCACUGGCGGACCACCUCCCACAGUCAACAUUCCAGGUAUCCAGGAAAAGACGUCCCCAAGCUCCCGAGUGGCGCCCCUACCGAAUGGCGAGCCCACUAGCGCAUCAGUGGAUGUCACCAACCUGACGAUCAACACCAGACCCAGCUUUCCGGACGCUGGAGGGGAGCGUGGGGCCCAGCAUACAAAUGACAAGGGGCGAGCCAUCUGCUUUGCACAUGAAAGGGCCCACGGAUUUGCAUCCCUUCUCAAGUGCACCCAAAAAUCUCCGAAGUCAAGUUCCUUAACGUCAUCAAUUGAUAUUACGCACGCCAAAGAGCCAAAUCCGACAGGAGAUGGGGAUAAAUUUCCAGUGAACAGCUUUCCCAAAACACAACAACCUUUCGAAGACUCACUUGAUGAAUAUGAAGCGGACAUCUUAGACGGGCGAUCAACACCGCACUCCCCUCAAGCCCAAUCUUUAGACCAUCAAAUGUCCCCUCGCGACCUGAACUUUCUGAGCCGCCUUCGUCCUCCCUCCUCGGGCUUAGACUCCGGUCACAUCACACCAUGUGAGGAUAGGGACUCAUACGAAUCCGCUGAGCGGCCUUCGCAUUAUCGCGGAGGCGUUCUCUCGUCCAUCCUCAAGCUAUAUGACAAGCCCAAUCAUACCGCUCCUCAUGAUGUCUUUCAAAGUCGUGCGCAAGACCGAGGACGAAAUGGACGCACUCGACAUGGGAGCAUCUCUGAGUGGAGUGGCCGUGGGCUUUCUCCUGACUCAAUUUGGAAGCCGAACAGGAGAUGGUACGACAAGUCCUCUACUCGGUCCAGUAUUUCUUUGGCCGGGUCUCAACACAACUCUGGCUCUCCAUUGGCCAUGCUCACUCGGUCACACAGCAGUGGUGCCGCCAUUCCAAGCAUUGGCGGGGGCUCUCGCAGCAAAGCUCAGUACGAAGACGAAAUCUAUAUCACCGUUCAUAUUGCGGAACUUCUGUGUCGCCAGCGGUAUUUGAUCCGACUCUGUCGGGCCUUGAUGAAGUACGGAGCUCCAACGCAUCGACUGGAAGAGUACAUGCGCAUGACUGCGCGGGUCAUACAGAUCGACGGCCAAUUUUUGUACAUACCUGGCUGCAUGAUAAUUUCCUUCGAUGACGCAUCUACGCACACCACAGAGGUAAAGGUUGUUCGCUCCAGUCAAGGCAUCGACCUCGGAAAGCUGGCCGAUGUUCAUGAGAUCUACAAAGAGGUGAUUCACGACGUUAUUGGCGUUGAGGAAGCGGUGACGCGACUCGAUGGGGUAAUGAGGAAGCCGAGCAAAUUUCACAUUCUCUUCCUCAUUUUUGCGCAUGGCUGUGCCAGCGCAUCAGUUGGACCAUUUGCCUUCAACGCGCGACCGAUUGAUAUCCCUAUCGCGUUUUUGCUCGGGUGUCUCCUUGGAGUACUGCAGCUAAUCCUGUCGCCCAAAUCGAGCUUGUACUCCAAUGUCUUUGAGAUUUCCGCCGCAGUUCUGACCUCCUUUCUCGCCCGCGCGUUUGGAAGUAUCAGAUCUCAAGGAGAGCCUCUUUUCUGCUUCUCUGCACUUGCCCAGUCCUCAAUCGCUCUGAUUCUGCCUGGAUACACGGUUCUGUGCGCUAGUUUGGAGCUUCAGUCACGCAGUAUCAUCGCCGGGUCUGUUCGUAUGGUUUAUGCCAUCAUAUACUCGCUAUUCCUUGGAUUUGGAAUCACCAUCGGCACCGCUGUGUAUGGGCUCCUUGACGCCCAGGCUACAACGGCGUACACGUGUGCCGCCAGCCCUAUCCGCAACGAAUACCUUCAACGAUUUCCAUUCGUGAUCUUGUUCACGGUGUGUCUAGCCAUCGUCAAUCGCGCCAAAUGGAAACAAAUGCCAAUCAUGUUGUUCAUCUCCCUGGCAGGCUACGUUGUGAAUUACAUGAGCGCCAAACGCUUUUACGCCAAUACCCAGGUCUCCAAUGCCCUAAGUGCCUUUGUCAUUGGUGUCGUGGGCAACUGCUAUAGCCGAUUACGACACGGACUUGCUGCUGCGGCCAUGCUCCCGGCAAUAUUUGUUCUUGUGCCUUCUGGUCUCGCGGCAAGUGGCUCCCUCAUCUCGGGUAUAACUUCUGCAGAAGAAAUCACACGUUCUCCAUACGCAGUCGUCAACAAUGGAACGCAAGGGUUUGUCGAUGCCGCCAAAAACAGAUCAGCGGAUCAAUCGAGGGACCAAAGCUAUGGCGUUGUCUUCGAUAUUGGAUAUGGCAUGGUUCAGGUCGCGAUUGGCACCACUGUGGGCCUCUUUCUGGCUGCUUUGGUGGUCUACCCUCUUGGCAAGAAGAGGAGUGGACUCUUCAGCUUUUAA